CCUCUAAAUCCUAAACGACAACAAAGCAAACUCCUUCCCCUCUAGGCUUUGAUCUGCUGUUCUAAACCACCACACUCCGACCGAGGAACACUGUGAUCACUCGAUCGGCAGCAGCAGCGCCACCCUUCUUACUUUCACAUCCUCGCAUUAAAUUUCGAUAGUUUCAACAAUUUUACUCAAUUUUUAAUUCCAAACUGCAAAAUCCAUCCAAAGUUUGCAUCUUUACUUUCAAAACCAGAAGCUUCUGCAUCAACAAAAUCCAAUUUUCACACUUCCCCCGUCGAAUUUCAGCAAUUUCUGAAAAACCCAUCUCAAAUUCUCACCUCUACAAUCAGCCCCAACUCAUAAAUUUCUCUGCAACAAUGUCCUCCUUCUUGUACCAAAGACCAAUCCACAACCCACUUUCGGAUCCGUACCCGAUUUCCCCGCGCUCCUCCUCCAAUGCCCAAAAACCGUACUCAAUCUUCAGCCCCACGACCCUCCUGGUCCUCCUCUCGCUCCUGGUGGUGAUGGGCGUCUUCUUCCCCUGGGUGGGCAUGCGGGAGAGCCUCUUCUCGGACACCACCAGGCCCUCGACCGCCAACUGGCGGGACUACACGUUGGCUCAGGCGGCGGAGUUUGUGGCCCGGAACGGGACGGUGAUUGUUUGCGCCGUGAGCCAGCCGUACUUGCCGUUUUUGAACAACUGGUUGAUCAGCAUUACCAGGCAGAAGCACCAGGACAAGGUGCUUGUGAUUGCUGAAGACUAUGCCACGCUUUAUAAGGUCAAUAAGCGGUGGCCUGGCCACGCCGUGCUGGUUCCACCUGCGCCGGAUGCUCAGACUGCCCAUAAGUUUGGUUCUCAGGGAUUCUUCAACUUUACUUCCCGAAGGCCGCGACACCUAUUGCAGAUUUUGGAGCUUGGAUACAAUGUUAUGUACAAUGAUGUUGAUAUGGUGUGGUUGGCUGAUCCAUUUCCCUAUUUCGAAGGAAACCAUGAUGUGUACUUCACAGAUGACAUGACCCCAGUCAAACCUCUGAACCACUCUCAUGAUCUGCCACCUCCAGGAAAGAAAGGACGCACUUAUAUAUGCAGCUGUAUGAUUUUUCUACGUCCAACCAGCGGAGCAAAGCUAGUUAUGAAGAAGUGGAUCGAGGAACUUAAAGAUCAACCAUGGUCCAGAGAGAAAAAGGCAAAUGAUCAACCUGCUUUUAACUGGGCAUUAGACAAACUUGUUAACAAAGUGGAUCUCUACCUGCUGCCACAGGCAGCAUUCCCAACUGGAGGAUUAUACUUUAAGAACAAGACGUGGGUGCGAGAAACUAAGGGGAUGCAUGUUAUAAUUCACAAUAAUUAUAUCCUGGGUUUUGAGAAGAAGAUAAAACGCUUCCAUGAUUAUGAUCUAUGGCUGGUCGAUGAUCACGCGGAUGAGUCUCCUCUUGGGAGAAUAUGAGAUUGAAUGACAUCAUCAAUAUUUGUUUCCAUAGAAGCUCAGCUGUAUCGAUGCCCGCAGGAAAUGCUUCCUACGAAUUUGUGUGACCUUCGAGCCCGGUGGGUUUUUGUAAGAGACUUGGAAAGGGAAGGGAAUGUGGUGGUGUUGGCUCAACUGGUUGUACAAACAUUACCUCAUGCCUCCCCUUGAUCUCCUUUACUCACAUUAUUUGUUGGAAUUCAAUUCCAAAUAGAGACUGAGCUUUUGAUUGUUUUCCAAAAGAAGGAAUGGAUGCCUUGCAGUCGGAGUCAAA